AUGAAAAUGCUUCUGUUUGGUAUCUGGACCCUGCUGGCCUUGAUUCCUUGUCCAGGGACCACAGAAGAGCUGUUUGAAGUUUCUGUUUGGCCAAAUCAGGCCCUGGUGGAGUUUGGACAGUCCUUAACUGUCAACUGCAGCACUACCUGCCCAGACCCUGGACCCAGUGGAAUUGAGACCUUCUUAAAGAAAACCCAGGUAGACAAAGGGCCUCAGUGGAAGAAGUUUCUCCUGGAGAAUGUUACAGAGAACUCUGUCCUGCAGUGCUUCUGCUCUUGUGCAGGGAUCCAGAAGGACACAAGACUCAAUAUCACCAUGUACCAGCCACCAGAGCAGGUGAUCCUGGAGCUACAGCCCGCAUGGGUAGCCAUGGAUGAAACAUUCACAGUGACGUAUCAUGUGCCUCAUGUGGCACCCCUGCAGAGCCUCACCCUUACUCUUCUCCAGGGUGACCAAGAACUACACAGAAAGGACUUUGAGAGCUUAACUGUGGCCUCCCAAAGACCUGAGGUCACCCUCAGUGUCAGAGCCCAACGGGAAAAUGACAGGUGCAAUUUCUCCUGCUAUGCGGAACUGGAUUUGAGCUCACAAGGUGGAGGGCUCUUCCAUGGCAGCUCAGCCACCGAGGUACUCCGGAUCUUUGAAUUCUCUCAGAGCCUCCAGAUCUGGGUCUCUCCACUUCUGGAGGCUGGGGUGGCAGAGACUGUGAAUUGUGAGGUGGCUAGGGUGUUUCCAGCCAAAGACAUUAUAUUCCACCUGUUCCUGGAAGACCAGGAGCUGAGCCCCUUCUUCCCCUGGAAGGGGAAUACAGCAUGGGCCAGUGCCACUGUUCGGGCUAUGGAGACUGGUGAUCAGGAGCUGUUCUGCCUUGUGUCUCUGGGUCCAAUGGAACAGAAAACAAAGAAAGCAGUGCAUGUCUACAGUUUCCCUCCACCAGUUCUGGAGAUAGAGGACUUGUACUCUCUGGCAGGAACAGACGUUAAUGUGACCUGCUCAGGUCAUGUAUUAACAUCACCUAGCCCUACUCUUCGCCUUCAGGGAGCCCCAAACCUCUCUGCCCCUGGGGAACCUGCCUGGCUUCUACUUACUGCCAGGGAGGAAGAUGAUGGCCGGAAUCUCUCCUGUGGGGCCUCUUUGGAAGUACAGGGCCAGCGAUUGGUCAAAACCACUGAGAUCCAGCUCCAUGUCUUAUACAAGCCACGGCUUGAGGAAUCUGGCUGCCCAGGAAACCAGACAUGGGUAGAAGGGAUGGAGCAAAUGCUUGCCUGUGUCCCAGAGGGAAACCCUGCUCCAGCUUUAGUGUGUGUCUGGCAUGGAAUGAUCUUUGACCUUGCUGUGCCUCGGAAGGCCACCCAGAACCACACUGGAACCUACUACUGCAUAGCCACUAACAAGCUGGGCUCUGUGAGCAAAGACAUCACUGUCAUUGUUCAAGGACUGCAUAAAGGAAUCAGCUCCUCUACCAUCUUCAUCAUUAUUGCUUUCGCCCUUGGCCUGGGUGUACUCACCAUAGCACUGUAUUUGAACUACCAGCCCUGCAAAAGAAACAGGAGGAAAUUGGCCUAUAGGCAGAAAGAGAACAAAGAAGAGGAAAACCAGUUUGCUGACCAUCAGGCACAAGAGCACAACUCAAAUCACUGUUGACCAGAAACGACUCUUAGGUUGACUGUGACUUCUACUGCCAGCAUUUCCUGGGGAGGAAAGAAUGGGUCAAGGGGCAAGGAGAAGAUGGAAUGUAAGGUUACAUUCGUGUGUUCUGCUGUCCCCACAAAUAGGGCUCCCGGGCCCCCAUGUGACUUGUAUCCACUUCUACCUGGAAGCUUGCCUUUCUUUUUUGAGUUACUUCCGGUCUCUAGAAAUUUCAGUCCAAAUUCUCAACUAGUGAGAGAAUGAAAAAGGAAAAAGGAAAAACAGAAGGUGCCUGUACCUCUUCAAACAAAGGCCGAAGAGACGGUCAGAAAAAACUUAGAAGUACAACUCAUUUCUUAUGGUUUCCUGAUGAUUAACUGGGAAAUGAUUUCUUAGUUCAGGGACAGGAUGUUAACGGGGAGGUAGCAAGCAAGUAAGUAGGAAUUAGAACUCUGUUCCCAUGACCACACUCCUAUUCCACAAGCAGGGCCUGAUAACAUCAUGAAAGGUACUGGCUGGUUAAGCUUCACCCCAGUAGCUGUCUGAAAUUCCACACAGGGCUUGCUAUACAGCACAAGGUAGCCUCAAAUUUAUGAUCCUCCUGCUUCAGCCUCUUGAGUGCUGGGAUUAUAGGUAUAUAUCACCACACCCUAACUAACUUUUUGGAGUGUCUCUAAAGUAGAAGGCAAAGAAUGCCCAUGAAAUUGGUCUCACAGGUCAAGGGCACCAAACAUCUUUGAACCCCUGUUUGUAAAAGGAUAAAAGUUCCAUGUUUACUCUCUUUCCAUAAAGGAGUACCUCUUUUCAUCGUCCCUUGGGCUGGAAGUAUAUAACUUGGUGGCAGAGUGUAUGCUUAACAUGAAAAUGGUUCUCUGUCCCUUCCCCAGCACCCCCAAAAUCUUCUUGUAACAAUAUCCACCAUGCGAUUUUAUAAUUUGGUCUCCUUCACUCUUUGGAAGGAGUAUGUCACUC